AUGGAUUACAGCGACCUAUCCUCCUCCUACAAGCGGUACAAGCUCAAGACCGCUGAAGCCCUCGACUGGCUCGUCCUCGAAGCGAGCAAACUCAAGACCGCAAUCACCUCUCCCCGCCAGUACAAAGUGUGGGAGUUGGAGACGAGGAAGGCGCUGGAGGAGUCGCUCUGCCUCCGCCGUCGAUGUGCGGAGUGGUUUCUACAGCACGGCUCAGAGGCCGCGAAUGCAACUCAUACCUUUUUCAACGAGAGCCUUCAGAGGAUUCUUGACGCCUUUGCUCAUUCCAAGCCGGAGGCGACUCGACCCUCCGCCUCCCCGCCCACGAGCAAGCCCUCCUCCGCGACGCCGUCGGACCGAGACACAUCCCAAACCAACUACUUCGCCGUCCUCGCCGACGAUGACGAUGGUCAUUGCCAAUCCUCUGAUGAAGACGUCUCUGCUGGCUUCUCCACGGAAAAUGAUGCGACUCGGCCUGACCGAGCCGCAACCCACAAGACAUCACAAGCAGAGCAUUGUUCCCAAGAGACUGAACAGAGUGGCUGGGUAGCCUUUGAUGACAACCAUAUGAUGGAGCUCGGUUGUCUUCUCAAAGAUUGUCGCGAUAUUCGUCUUUUCCUGCAGCGGUUGUGGACAGGAUAUUCAAGCUCCAAAGUUGACCUCGUCACCGCAUGGCUUGUAACUCAGGCAGGCUUCCAGCAUCUCGUUGACCUUGAGACCGUCUUCAUCCAGAAGCACCCAUACCUUGACAACCUGGAGUCAAUAUCGAACGCCAUGUACUGUUUCUGUGGGCUAGGACAGAGCUCUUUCUGGCCCGACAGUGCGGCAGAGGGCUCACAGCGCUGGGAUGACAAGACUCUCCGGAACGUCGACAAAAGGCUAUGGCUGUCGGAGUCAAAUAUGAAAGACUGGCUGCUUUGCGACGUCUCAUUCAUGUUGGAGAACCUAGACAGCGAGUCGAACCUGGAAGCUAGAAUCAAGGACGAGCCCUGGAGCCUUCCGGAGAUCCCACUUUUUCAAGUGAAAGGUCUCGAGCUCCGGAGGCUCUUUGAUCUUCAACGCGAGUCUCUGGCAGCAGGAAAAUCUGUGGACUGUCUCGACCUUCUCACAUCCCGCCUGGUCUCAGAACCAUCGAAAACGGCAGGCUCUCCCGUCCGUCUCAGCACGGCGGCAAUGUGCAGGACCUAUCGCGACAUUACUAAAGACCUGGUGAAAAACCUGAACUACAGACCAUUGCAAGACGCAAGGUCUUUUGCCCGCCUCAUGACGCAAGCUGGCAACGAAGUCACGGCCUGGCAACAUUACCGAUUUGCUCUGCUUCAUGGCUCGGAUGGAAAACCAUUCAUCCAAAACCCGAUCCUCCUUGGCAGCCUUCUCUGCAGCGCGUCUUUUACCUCACAUUUGGCAGAGACUUUCAGUGUCAGCUAUUCCGGAUCCCUCAUGGCUGUCGCUCACCAGUACAACGCCAUUCGCAUUUUGAGCCUCGAUACCGUGCCUCGUUGGAAGGAUCUCGAAGUCUUGAUCGAGUUGCAGAAGGCAGCCAUCUUUGCCCCGGAGCCACCUCGGACUUUUGAUCAAUGUAUCAUUCGGUUUUGGCGCUCCCAGGGACUCAGACUGAGCGAGAUUAGAACCAAAACCGCUACCGCCGACCGCCUGGCUUUAGCCGCGCAGAGGGUUGUCCCCCUGCAUCGCCACCUCAAACAGAUCUCGAAGACCGACCUGACUCCUGAAGACAUUACCAAAUGUCUCAACUUCCACAUCAAAUGCGAAUCACAGAGGAACACUUUCGGGUUUCGCAGGGAGUUGCGCGGCAUCCCGCUGCUCGAACAUCUCUUUUACGCCUGGGAGAAAACAGGGAUCUGGAAGCUAUCACUCAGUGACAGGGUUGUGAGGAGCGCUGUCGAGGCUGAAUUGGGAAAACUUCGCGGUUCCCAGGCUGGAAACCGUCCUCUCAGCGCUGUGGACCUCCCGGCAGUUGUCUGGCUUGGCCAGUUGCAAAAGAUGUUUCAGCGAGAUACACCUGAGAUGUUCUUUGACUAUUCGUAUCUGGAACGCCGGGUCAUUAACCAGUUGUGCAAAGAUAGCGCGUCUCCUGACCACGUUGCAAGAUUCUUCGAGAACCCUGACCGAGGACUGUCUCAAUGGAUGAGCCACAUGUCCAACAAGUCGAAUCUCGCGGUAGUCUCCGAUCAUUGGAAGGCUUGGUGCAAGGAACUGGGCAUGGUGGUCCCUUCUAACAUUCUUUGA